AUGGUAGCCGACGCCCUUUUGCCCCGUCAAACAGACAACUGCAUGGACUGUGCAGACCCCCCACCCUGUGCUUGUGCUGCGAACGAACAGUGUGUCCGAAUCAACAGAGUCUGCAAUUCCUGCUUCCGCAACGAAUGCAUCCCUCUGUCAGGCAGCUCAAGUAGUUCCAGUGGGGGUGUCAGCAAGGGCGCUCUUGCUGGCGGCGUCGUCGGUGCUAUCGUCUUCUUCGCCUUCGCCAUCGCUCUAUUCCUUCGAUAUAGAAGGCGGUCGAUCGUCCGUAAAACCCUUGCGAAUGCCCGCGACGUCAAGGGAGACAUUCCUGCUGCUGCAGAGACUGUCCUCAACCGGCCAGACCCUACAGAGAAACCCCCAUCGGAACUCAGUACCAUCAGGGUCUAUUCUUCAGCGUCCAACAUCACCAUCGAUCUCGACCCUCAUUCGCAGGCUUCGUCCUCUCAUGCGCCAUCGGGCUUCAAUCCAUCUCGGGAUGGGCCCCAUUUAAACCCCUUCGACGACACAAAUUCCAUCCAGACAGCGGGAACAGAGGGAACUAAUGUUAUACCCAUCGCUCUUGUCCCUCCUGAUUCCCACCAUGCAUCCUUGACCCGCAUUGACUCCCAUACCCUUCCUGCACCCACACCAACCUUCCCAGUUCGACCAGCUCGUUCGCCUGAUCUCAAUCUCAAUCUCGAUCACGUUAAUGUUUCCCACGACAACCUGCGCGCUGCAAAUGGGUAUUCGCAAUCCACCCGCUCUGGAGUAUCUGGCGUGUCUUCUAGGAACUCAUACAUGUCGAGCGCCAGUUAUUCCAGUGACUUCUUGAACGAGGCGCCAAUGAUAAUGACGCCGACCAGGGGAGCAGUCCGCCAAGUUGUCGGUGUUGUCAAGGCGGAAGUUAUCAACGCGAGUGCCGGUUCACUCAAUCCGUCAUCUGCCUCUGAUAAUGGGAAACCACCUGCAUACGUACGGCCGAUUGGCAAGUCUCCGCUGGCUUCGACGUCGUUUGGGCCCGACGAUAUAGUGAAAGAAACGGACGAAAGCCGCGGAACGAACGAUCCUUUCUCGGACGAACACAGUUCUACGCACGCUAGUUAUGCGGCUUCGCCCUCACCUUCAGAUACAACCUUCAAGCAAGAUCAGCUAAAUCGUGAAUCGGCUGCGAGCAACUGGGUAGCUGAGAACCCGCCUGUACCCUGGUCGCGAUUCAAUGAUCAGAGUCGCCCUUCCAGCAUGAGUACACAAGCAGGUUCUGUCGUUGACAUUGCUAGUGCAACACGUGUCAAUGUUGGUCUGAGUGGGCCGAAGACCUCAGGGAGUGCAAACUCCUACAGGACGACGAUGGGUCGAUUAGUCACGCCACCCGGUACUGUCGGGACUCUUCAAGAACAGCAGCAACGCGCUCUUGCUCACGCCCAAGCCCAAGCCCAAGCCCAGGGCCUUGAUAGAAGAAGAGUUUCGGGCUCCUCUGUGCUAUCGGCAACGUCUACGCGUGCCGAUUCCAUUUUGGAGUCGUUCCCAUUCGUGCCUCCUUCACCCAUCUCCGACCGACCGAUAAGGACCCCUCCGGUGUCACCACUGGGCCAACAAUCGUUCACCAAUUCUUCAACAUCGCCAUUGCAUCAACACACUUUCGUUGUUGCUCCUCCAUCUCCGCUCACCCACCAAUCGUUCAGCGCUGAGCCCAACAAGACGACCUUUAGCUCUCAAGACGACGACGGAGUUCUUCCUGCACCUCCCAAUAGGCGUGUCUUGGGGCUAUCAACUGGUUCCCAGUUGUCUACAGCAUCGUCAGGGCUGGGUUCCUUCCCAUUCCAAAUCGAGUCUGAACCUACGACUGAUCACGGUGCCCCACCAACAUCAUUCCGUGCAAAUGGAAAGCAACGCGCCAGUCUCGAUACCCUGGCACUGACAAGUGAUCUGUCCUCCUAUCCUCUUGGAUUUGAUCGAGAGAGUGUCCCACCGCCCAGAAAGUGA